GAAGGAAGACUGAUUAUUUCAGAUAUCUUUUCGUUUUCUUCAUCCUUUGAAUAAAUUAUUUCAGAUUCUACUUUGCCAAUCAUUCCUGCCAUUUUUUUAGUUCUAAAACAUUGAAAAAAAGACCAUGAUUUAACAUCAAAACGUGCAAGAUUUUCUUGGUAUAAAGAGGAUGGAUUUAUUAUUAUUUUAUAAACCCCUCUUCUUCUUCUUCUUCUGUUUUUUUUUUUCCUUGGUAUAAAUAUUGCAAGUUAUUAAUGUACAAGGGAUCCGAGUCAGAAUAACGAGGAGGGCUAACGUUAUGCAAAAUCUGAACACAAAACAAUCCUAUUAUUGGUCGGACCGACUCGGCACGAUAUGUCCCAGCCCGACACGUCGUCCCGAAGACUAUUGUUGUUCGCGUUGUCCAAAACCAAAACUAGUACUGUCCGGCGCGUCACCUUCGCCGCACCGAAGUCAUCCCACCCUUCCCCUUUUAUCUCCCUCGCCUCUCUCUCCCACAAAUUAAUAUUCCUCAACCCAAAGCACACCAAAACCUAAUUACCAAACCAAACAGCCACCAACCACAACCUUCUCAAUCAACGACUAUCAUGGGAGAUCUGAUCGAGUCAUCUUCUGUUACUCCGUCAACGACACCACACUCUCGUCCAUUACCAAUCCGUGAAGAUUGUUGGAGUGAAGAAGCUACCUCUACUCUUGUUGAUGCUUGGGGACGCCGUUAUCUCGAGCUUAACAGAGGCAAUCUCCGUCAAAAAGACUGGCAAGAUGUUGCUGAUGCCGUCAACGCGCUUCACGGCCACACCAAGAAAACGUACCGUACUGACGUCCAGUGCAAGAACCGGAUCGACACCAUUAAGAAGAAAUACAAGAUCGAGAAAUCUCAUGUCGUUUCCUCCAACGGAACCCUGACGUCGUCUUGGCCCUUUUUUGAACGGCUUGACGCUUUGAUUGGAUCCAAUUUUAAUUCAUCCGGUAAGAAACAUCUCUCACCGUCUCCUCCGGUGGCUCUUCCGCUGCCUCCGUCUUACCGGAGGACUCCUCAGGUUAGUUCUACUCCACCACCGCAGCCGCCGGCUCUGGCGGUGGCUUUGCCGCAGAAGAGGCCUUUACCGGUGGACGAUGAUUAUUUUAGGAGGAAUUAUUCGGCAAUGGCAGCAGCGGCGGCGGCGGUGGAAUCUGAUAGCGAGGAGGAUGAAGAUGAGGAGUUUGAGGGAGGGGAGAGGGAGAGAGCGGAGGAGGACGUGGAAGGAGAGGGGAUUAAGAGAUUGGCACUUGCAAUAGAGAGGUUUGGGGAGGUUUAUGAGAGGGUAGAGAGCGAGAAGUUGAAGCAAAUGGUGGAUUUGGAGAAGCAAAGGAUGAAAUUUGCUAAGGAUUUGGAGAUGGAAAGGAUGAGGAUCUUCACCGAGACGCAGGUUCAGCUUGAGAAGAUUAAGAAGGUUGCUGCCUUGGCUCAUUGCUGUAUUGCUUGUGCUCUCCAUUGGUGAAUUAUAUUUCUUGCGUUUUCUGGUGGUCUAUUUUGAUGGUUCUCUCAGAUCAAGUGUUCACAGGCUUCUCCCCAGAUGCUUUUCCUUCCCCCUCCUUUUUGCCUGCUGAACUCUUGUUCUAAUAUGAAGUAGCUGCCUUUUUUGGUGCUUGAAGGUUUCUUCCCGAAUAUGUUUUACCGGUACUUCUAUGCGUGCAACAAUUAUCUGCCUCAGAUGAUUUCUGGUUUCAAAAUAAGGAUGCAUUAUAUUGCUGUGCAGCCGCAGCUGCUGCUAUAAAUGUUACUGUUUGUGGCUAUGUGCACCUCUUGCUCCAGAUAAUG